AUGGACUCGACGGCACUGAGAGACCUUCUUUCUAGGUAUGGGAGGAGCACUUUGCCCGAUGACAGUGUACUUCAGGAUGUACUGAACGACUCAACUUAUGGUACGGCAUUCAAGGAGUGGAUCAGCACGCACCUCGGCACCGAAAAUCUUCUCUCCCAGGACGAGCUCUCUCUGUACUUGUUGCUCGACCAAGCUGGGCUGGUCGAUGAGCUCGUGGCAUCCAAAGAAUUAGCCACAGUCGAGGCGAUAGGGGAGGCUGAGCUUAGGGCCGCGGUCCAGGAGCUCGACUGCUCCACGACCAUCAUUAACAAGCAGACUGAGAUGUUGAGGCAACACCACAACGCCUUGGCUAAGCUUGCGGAUAGUAACGCUAAGUCGACGGAGUCACGUCGGGAGAUGGAGGCCACCAGGACUAGUAGGCGGGCAGCAGAGCGCCGUGCGCUUAGCUCAAAAGUCGAGGAACUCUCGCAGCAUCUGGGUUAUAGGACAUCAGAUAUGGGGCAGCAGGCAGCCAUGACCACCGAAAGCAUACAUGAAGUGAUCGAAGAAGCUUUGAGAUCGGACGACAAGCUGCUUUCAAGCCUGCAAAAGCUGGGGUGGGAGCUCGACCCCGAAGACCCUGAGGAGACGCAAAAUGUUGCAACACUAAGAGAAUGUUGUAUGAGGGCUAUCAAGUACACCGUUGAGAUGACACGUACCAAGCUUGACCGGACAUAUCUCGAAGCUCUUGAGUCGGCCCCUCGCAGCGAACACACGGAUGCACCGGCUGGCGAAGUAAAAGCCUUACAAGAAGAGCUGGAGUCCCUCUAUGCGGAGAUACUUCCUGUCGCCCAGAUGUCGGUUGAGCAGCAGUAUCUUGAACCUGCCUUAAAGUCGCUUUCGGAAAAGAGUGGGCAGUCCGUCGGUCGAUCUAUGGUUGCAAUUUCAUACAUCCUCGUGUGCUUAGUAUACCUCUUAGACAACAUCAAUCGCCUUGAGGCCCGAGUAGUCGCUGUCCAGUCCUACCAAGCUGCCGCAGCAACAUUGAUCGAUACAGCGAAGAUCGAACUUGCUGUUCCUGCAGUAGCUGCGGCUCCCAAGAAGGCGCAUCCAGUUCAGCCUGCCUCACCAACACGUGCUCGUGUCACGACAUCUACACCGGGACCCCGUCGCCGCCGCUCGUCUGAAACUUUCAAUGUUGAGCCACCAAUCGAGGCUCUUUUGCGACUUCUAACUAUCAACCUUGCCACAUCAUCUGCAGAUCCAAGCGAUGGCCCUACUCUGCUGGAAACCCUUCGUGUCCUCUCGAGAGCCCGGGAGGGACGCGCAGCCAAGGCAUACGAUGUCACGCGCAACGCUCAAGAGUCAUUCGAGCAUUCAGUUGUGACGCACCUCACCGACGCCCGACGCGCAGUGCAGCUGCUUCGAGACAGCAUUCUUGCUGAGAGUUCCUUUGGGGAAGAAGUGAAGCUCGUUGACCCUGAAGUCGAAUGCCUCAUAAUCGAGCUAAGCCAGCAAAUCGCUGAUAUCCAGUCCAGAAUUGAACAGAUAGAUGCCGAGAGGGCUGGAAUCGCCGGAGCCAACGGGGAGAAGCAGAAGGAAUUUGUACUUCGACUCGCAGGCGAGGGACGGACGCACUUUCGCGACGGGCCACCUCUGCGGUAA